CGAAACAAGGUGGAAUGACACGAUCUUCCCUCCAACAACAAGGAAAUAGAACCAAAAAAUCUAAAAAACCAAUCAAGAAAGAAUCCAUCUCCGAUCUUAGAAAGAACAUUCUCGGAUCAAAAUAUGACGAUGAAGAAGAAGAUUUAUCCAGUGGUGCUGCUGAUUUCUUCAACGUCUUUUCUCCUAUUGAAGCACAGGCUGCCUCUCAUAACGUAAAGAAAACAAUUAGGAAUAAUCAAUCACCACUUUCAUCGGCUAAUCGUCGAGUCACUAAACAUGACAGUGAUGAUGAAUCUUAUUUGAAAAUUAGACAAGACAGGGAUUUAGUUCCAGUCACUUAUGAACCUGUGGUUAAGAGGGAUUUAAGUAAAUUAUUUGGAAAAAUUAGGAUAAAAGAGGAGGAAAGAAGGAGAAUGGAGGAACAAGAAAACUUUUUCUUCACUGAUGAUUCUACUUUGCAAAAUAAUGCAGAGGAUGAAAAUCUAUUGAGUACUAAUCAUGGUGAUAUUGAAAUGCCAGAGAAGACGGAAGAGGAUGAGUGGGUUGACUUGUUGGAAUAUUGUAAAAAACAACUAUCGGAUAUUAAAGUUGGUGUUUUCAAACUCAAGUCACUCCAUCAACAACAUGUAAAAUUCACUGUACAAAAGAAUUUCCAAGCAGAGGAACAGGAAAUUAAAAUUCAAACAGACUAUGUAAAACAAUUAAUUGCCCAAUCAAAGAAGAGUAUUGAUAAAUUUGACUCGUAUGCAAAAGUGGCUAGACGUAGGAAAAAGACACAAUUCGAAACGCUUGUAAAUAAUGCUAAAAAAUCACUACUCACUGAUUUGAGUAAUUUAUCUACUGACUUACAGCAUGAACAAAGAUCAUUUUUGGAUAAGCUUACCCAACUAAAAACUAAACGAAAAGAGCUACAAAGAAUACAUCAAAAUGAACAAGUUGAGGAAUUUUCUAAAGAGGAAUUGGAGAGAAUGGAAGCAAUAGAGCAAAGAUUUUACGAACCUAAUGUAUCAGAGGAGCAAAUGCAUGAUUUAAUGUUGAGAGAACGUGAAAUUAUCAAAAGAGAUCAGGAAUUGAGAGAGGUUCUUCAAUCCAUUGUAGAGUUGCAUGAAAUGUUUCAACAAAUAUCAUCACUCAUUAUUGAACAAGGAAGUCUUCUCGAUAGAGUUGACCACAAUAUUGAACUCACUUUCGAGAAUGUCAAAUCUGGAACAGACAAUCUCAUUAUUGCAGAAAGAGCACAAUCUCAAGGUGGAGGAUGUAUGGUAUGCCUCAUUAUUGGUCUAUCUUGUGUAGUUGUUUUUCUUUCCUUCCUUCUCAUCAUCAAAUUAAGUCUUUUGAGAAUAUAAUUCUACUGAUGAUUUUGUAUAAAAUAUCUAUUGUAGAUUGAUUUUAACUUUUCUAGAGCAUUUUCAGCAUCCUCUGAAGAACUAGAAUAGGAAGAGCUUGAAUAAUGCUCUGGAGAGGAAGGAUUUGAUCUAUCAUUAGGGUUAAUAUAUUGAUAUAAGGUUUUUGGAGAUUGUGAGUUCACUUGGAUGGCUUGGUUGGUGUAGGAAGGAGCUUCUUGAAUUUUAAACCUUUCCUUCUCAGUUAUUGUUGGUUGCUCUGCUUGGAGAUUUUCAGUGGCAUGUCCUUUUGAAUUUUUAAGGUAAACUUCAACUUUUUC